AGAAGAAGAACGAGGAGGGAGAGAACAAGAAUUGAAAAGGAAAACGAAGUAAAAGUAGAAGAGGAUAUACACAUCUCUUCUCUGCUGCUGUUUGUGUGUCGUUUUAACUUAAUCACAAGUUGUUGACAAUUUCAUUGUAAAGUAAGAAGAGGACCUGCUGCUACACGCUGUUACCGAAAUGAAGCUCAACAUUGACGGUCUGUUGGUGUAUUUUCCAUAUGACUACAUCUAUCCUGAGCAGUACUCCUACAUGCUGGAGCUAAAAAGGACACUGGAUGCUAAGGGACAUGGAGUGUUGGAGAUGCCAUCAGGUACAGGGAAGACCAUCUCUCUGCUGUCUCUCAUCAUUGCCUACCAGCGGGCCUUUCCUUUAGAAGUGACCAAGUUAAUUUACUGCUCCAGAACAGUUCCUGAGAUCGAGAAGGUUGUGGAGGAGCUGAGGAGGCUGAUGGAGUUUUAUUCUAAGGAAACUGGGGAAAGCAACAACUUCUUGGCUCUGGCCCUUUCCUCCAGGAGAAACCUCUGUAUCCACCCUGAGGUGAGUGCUCUGCGCUUUGGGAAGGAGGUUGAUGGGAAAUGCCACAGUCUGACAGCAUCGUACAUUCGUGCACAACGUCACAGCGACCCCAACCUGCCUGCCUGUCGUUUCUAUGAGGAGUUUGAUGCAGUCGGACGACAGGUGCCACUGCCCGCUGGCAUCUACAACCUUGACGACCUGAAGGACUUUGGCAGGAGGAAAGGCUGGUGCCCUUACUAUCUGGCUCGCUACUCGAUUCUUCAUGCCAACAUUGUGGUGUACAGCUACCAUUAUCUUCUGGACCCCAAAAUAGCGGACCUGGUAUCCAAAGAGCUGUCCAAAAAAUCUGUAGUGGUGUUUGAUGAAGCUCAUAAUAUUGACAACGUUUGUAUCGACUCCAUGAGUGUGAACAUCACCAGACGAACACUGGACCGGUGCCAGACCAACGUGGACACACUGCAGAACACCAUACAGAAGAUUAAAGAGACAGAUGCUGCUAAACUGAAGGAGGAGUACAGGCGACUGGUGGAGGGGUUGAAGGAAGCCAAUGUUGCCAGAGAAACAGACGUCUACCUCGCCAAUCCAGUGUUGCCAGAUGAAAUUCUUCAAGAGGCAAUCCCUGGUACUAUUCGCACAGCCGAGCACUUUGUUGGUUUCUUGAGGCGUUUCCUAGAGUACCUGAAGUCCCGCCUGAGGAUCCAACAUGUUGUACAGGAGAGCGCCCCACAGUUCCUCAAAGACAUUUUUGACAAAGUCUGCAUCGACCGCAAGCCUCUCAGGUUUUGUGCAGAGCGGUUGCAGUCACUACUGCGAACUCUGGAGAUUGUCGACAUAGCAGACUUCUCAGCUGUUACUCUCAUUUCCAACUUUGCUACCCUGGUCAGCACCUACAGCCAAGGUUUUACCAUAAUCAUUGAGCCCUUUGAAGACAGAACUCCGACGAUCGCAAACCCUGUGCUACACUUCAGUUGCAUGGACCCAUCUAUAGCCAUCAAACCUGUUUUUCAGAGAUUUCAGUCAGUCAUCAUCACCUCAGGGACUCUGUCUCCACUGGACAUCUAUCCCAGAAUCCUGGACUUUCGCCCUGUUACCAUCGCAUCAUUCACCAUGACACUGGCGCGGACCUGUCUCUGUCCUCUGAUUGUUGGAAGAGGAAAUGACCAGGUAGCCCUGAGCUCAAGGUUUGAGACCAGAGACGACAUUGCUGUGGUUCGUAACUAUGGCAACCUACUACUUGAGAUGUCUGCCAUUGUCCCUGAUGGUAUUGUGGCAUUUUUCACCAGCUAUGUGUACAUGGAGAACAUAGUGGCGUCUUGGUAUGAACAGGGUAUUCUGGAAAAUAUCCAGAGAAAUAAGUUGAUCUUCAUUGAGACUCCGGAUGCUGCAGAGACGAGCAUGGCCCUGGAAAAAUUCCAAGAGGCGUGUGAAAAUGGCAGAGGAGCCAUUCUUCUGUCUGUGGCCAGAGGAAAAGUGUCUGAAGGAAUCGAUUUUGUGCAUCAUUUUGGCCGAGCAGUCAUCAUGUUUGGAGUGCCUUACGUCUACACACAGAGCCGCAUCCUUAAGGCUCGUCUGGAGUACCUUCGGGAUCAGUUUCAGAUCAGGGAAAAUGACUUCCUCACAUUUGACGCCAUGCGUCACGCAGCACAGUGUGUGGGCAGAGCCCUCAGAGGCAAGACCGACUAUGGACUCAUGAUUUUUGCUGAUAAGCGUUACGCCCGAGCAGACAAACGAGGGAAGCUUCCUCGCUGGAUUCAGGAGCACAUUAACGAUGGCAGUCUGAACCUCACAGUAGACGAGGCUGUCCAGCUCUCCAAGCACUUCUUGCGGCAGAUGGCUCAGCCUUUCAGACAGGAGGACCAGUUGGGCCUGUCUCUGUUGACUCUCGAGCAGCUGGAGUCGGAGGAGAUGCUGCAGAAAAUCGCUCAAAUCGCUCAUCAGACAUGAAGGUGAUACACUGCUGCAUCAUCACCAAGACAAUGGCCAUAAUCCAGUGGAUUAAAUAGCUCUUAGUUUACCAGGGUUUACCUCAUCCAGACCAUUCAGAUAAAAAAUGUAACAUUACAUUUCUUCUAAGUUGUUAUUUGCCUUUUAUAUUUUAGUCUCUUCCAGUUUGUAUAGAGACAUUUAAAGAUGUCUCAAAUCUGGUAAAAUCAAUGUAUUCUAUGUGAGAAACUGUCAAUAUGUCCAAGAUUAAAUACCAUCAGGGUCAUGAGGCUCAUAAAGAGCCCCUCAGCAAUUCAAUAUAUCAUACACAGAGUCUGGUAAAUAUGAGCAACCCACCUUCAGCCAGGUGCUCUACUUGAUGUGUUUGUCCAUUUUUAUAUCAGAGAAAAGUCCAUCAAAUCUAAUACCAAUCACCUACCAGAAUGUGAUAGAAUUUCAAAACCAAUACUGUUCUUCAUUAGGUACAUCUUCAGUCCACUGGUCAGCCUGUACUUCAGGACCACAUACAACUUUCAGCUCAUUGUAAAACCCUUAGUUUGUGCUAAAUGUUGCAACAGAAAUUUGAGUAAUGUCUGACUUAGAUAUUAGUUAUAAACUGACACUUAUUGCACCAUUCAGUAUUCUUAAACCCAUCUUUAUUUCUUUCUCCCCGAUGCACAUAGUGAGCAGCUGUUGUUAGUAAAGGACACCACACGACAAGUAGAGGAAGGAAGGGUUUUGUAUGGGCUCAACAUUUUGUAUGCUCUGUAUGAUAUUCAGUAUUACACAUUGAAUUCUUUCAGUUAUGCUGCACAAACUGUUACUUACUUCCUGUGUUUAAAACCAAACAAACCUGCAUAAGUGUUGAAAAUAAUUAAAAUCAAUAAUUCAUCAGUGUCAAAACAUUGCAUUAACAACAGAAAUAUUAUGCCACCUGUGUGUAAUAUUAAUUUAAUGUCUGUCAUACAGACAUGACUGCUGUUUACUACUGCAACUGUACAUUUUAUAGUGAACAUGGAUAUUUUUGUGUGUUUUUUCACCUGGAGGCUGCAAUAUACUGUACAUGUAUUAACACCUGACUUUUGUUUGAAUCUUGUUGUGAAUUCCAUCCAACAAAAUCAAGCCUAGGGCAAAUAUUAGUAGAACAAAAAUAAAUGACAUUCACUUGUCAACAUUUCAACUCUGAAA